CCAAGGUUAAAUCUAUGCAAGUAUUGCUUUAAGUUGCUGCGUUAUGUAAGUAGUUAAGUGAGGGUGUAACAAGGGUAAAAGUGGCGAAGAAUCGCAGUAGUGUCAACCUUGGGGAUGAAAGUGUAGAUGAGCCUAUCGGUAAUGUCACGGUCCCAGCUGUAUUGCCAGAGAAGGAAGAUUUCUUCUUGACAUUAUUGUUGAUGUACGAGGUAGGAAUGUACUGAAAACUUUGCAGCUUGAUUAGCAAGACGGUCGGCGGUCUCGUUGCCGAAAACACCCGCAUGACCCGGGACCCAUUGGAAAUCUAUUCUAAUGUCGUUGUCUAAGUGUCUGAGAAUGUGGUGUAUGAGGUGGACGAGUUUUAAGCGGCUAUCAGACUUCGCAAUCCUUUGUAAAGUUACCCUACUGUCAGAAUAAAUACGAUAGUAUUAGUCUACGAUGGAGUAUGAUUACAUCAAUAGAUUUAUAUCGUCAAAUUAUAGGAAAUUAGGAUGGUACAUAGGAAAGCACCCCUUACUCUUUAUUUUCGUUCCUUUAAUCGUCGUUGGGAUACUCUCGACAGGAUUUAGUAAACUGAACUUUACAAAAGAUGCCGAAUAUCUGUAUUGUCCCGUUAAUGGAAGAGCUAGAGAUGAAAGGAGAGUGGCAGAGACUUUGUUUCCUGUUGACGAAAGCGACUUUGAUAUCACUAGAAUGAUGCGAUUUGGUAGGUUGGGUCUAUUAUUAAUGGAAGCUAAAGAUGGAGGAUCAAUGCUAAGAGAAUAUAUCAUCGACGAAAUUAAGAAUGUUAACAAAAUAAUUGAAAAUAUUAGCGUAACUUACCAGAAUCAAACGAUAAGAUAUAAGGACUUGUGUUUGAGAACUUAUAGUGGAAAAUGUCUUGACAAUUUGAUUACGUUAUUGUCCGGGAAAACUGAGGCAAUAAAAAGAAAAAAAUAUCCUAUCAAAUUUCCAUUUGAAGUAAAAGAAGCAUCAAACAUUCCAAUCUUCUCUAUUAUGAAUUUUGGGGGAGUGACUAUGGAUGAGGAUUAUUAUAUUGAAGAUAUUAAAGCUAUCCGGUUGUUGUACGCAUUGAAAUAUAAUUCAGAAACAUCAAACAAACUAGCAGUAAAAUGGGAAGAAAAAUUCUUAGAGACAGUUUCUCGUUUAAAUUCUCAAUAUUUAAAUUUCUACAAAUUUGUAGGAAAUACUUUUGAUUGGGAAUUUCAUAAAGUCACGAAACUCGUCAUGCCGUAUAUUUUAAUGGCUGCACCAUUAAUGGCAACAUUUGCUAUAAUUGCUUCUAUGACCAAGGAUUGUGUAACUAGCAAACCUUUCAUAGGUAUCGCUGGAUGCAUUUGUCCUGUUCUUGGUGGAUUGGCUGGAUUCGGUUUCCUUUUUCUGUGUGGAGCUGAAUAUAUAGAUUUAAAUAUAUCUGUGAUAUUUCUUCUGAUAGGUGUUGGUCUAGACGAUUCCUUUGUACUUCUUGCUGCUUGGAGGCGUACGAAUAUCAACGAUAGUGUAAAAAGAAGGAUGAGUGAUACGUAUUCAGAAGCUGCAGUAUCGAUUACAAUUACUUCAUUGACAAAUUUCUUAUCUUUCUGUAUUGGAAUGACUACUCCUUACAGAGUAAUUCGGAUCUAUUCCCUGUAUGCAAGCUUAUCUGUUAUUUUUGCAUAUUUACUGGAAGUUACGUUAUUUGGAGGAAUGAUGGCACUCAGUGGCAUUAGAGAAAAGAAAAUGUUGCAUUCAUUUUUAUAUAUAAACGUUAAUUUUGAGAAGAUUUACAAAAACAAAUUAUAUCAAUUAAUUAGAGUUGGAUUGGCCAAUAAGAAUCCAAUACUCAGCAAUAAUGAUAUAUUUAUAAAGAUAUACAGAGAUACUAUUGGUGAAAUUUUAACAAAAUCAAGUGUAAAAGUCCUUGUAAUAGUUCUUUUUGUGGUUUACAUAUUUGGAGGAAUCUUCUGCUUAAGAUAUCUCAAAGAAGGUUUUGAUUACGUGAAAGGUUUUCCUUACAGCUCUUACGCUGUAAAUUUUACAAGAAAGCAUUAUGAAUAUUUUGUACAGUAUCCUCACGGCAUACAAAUAAUCAUAAACCAAACUUUAGAUUAUUCUGAUCCUGGAGUGCAGAGGGAUGUUACUGAAAUAGUUAAUAAAUUCGCCGCAGAUCCUUACAUGGGAGGAAUUAAUAUGGUCGAUUCUUGGUUAAAAUAUUACAUCCUUUCUUUAAAUGAUUCAAAGUUGUGGCUAUCGUAUCGAGGAUAUGACAUGACAAAUUCUGAAGAUUUCAUUGAUGGACUUCGUAAUAUUUUUCUAAAGUUUCCCUCCUCCCAUAGAUACAAGAAAGAUAUAAUUUUCAAUGAAAAUUACACUCAGAUAGUAGCAUCUAGAUUUUUAGUUGUCAGCAAAGACAUUAUAGAUGCUAGCGUGGAGAAAGAGAUGCUCAUUAGAUUGUGGAAUAUUGCUGAUUCUUGUAAGUAUCCAGUUUACGUUCACAACUAUUGGUUUACUAUACUAAACCAGCAUGUUAAUAUUAGAGAAACUACCAUACAAACAUUAUGCAUUGCAGCAGCCUUGAUAACAGUGAUGUUUUUUGCAUUCAUACCUCAUAUUGUAUGUGCUAUUUGUGUCGCAAUAACAAUAAUAUCGAUACAGGUCGGUGUUAUUGGUUACAUGUCACUUUGGAAUGUUAGUUUGGACACAGUCUCUAUGCUGAUACUCAUCAUGUCAACCGGAUUAUCGGUGGAUUAUGCUGCUCAUAUUUCUUAUGCAUUUCUCACUGCAAAGACGAAAGAUUCGAAUGAGAAAAUAAAAAUAGCUCUGGAAUGUGCAGGACAUCCAAUUUUUCAAGGAUGUCUUUCGACUGUUCUUGGUGUAGUUGUCCUUGGCUUUGGACCUUCGUAUGCCUUUGUUACAUUAUUUAAAAUUAUUUCACUUGCCAUGUUCUUUUCGUUACUUCAUGGUUUAUUUGUUCUUCCAGUAUUUUUGAACGUAUGGGAGAAUUUUAGUACUUUCAUAUUUAAUAAAAAAUCUAAAAACAAUAAUGUAAAAAGUGAAAUCGAAAGUAAAGAAGUGAGAAAUUUGAUAACGAAUAAAUGUGAAAUCGAUAAAAAUAGAAAUAAAAUGUUACGAAUUUCGGAAACGUAGCAGUAGUCCAGAAUCUUUUAUAUGGAAAA